GCUGCGGCGCCAUUGCGGCCCUUUCGCGGCGCUCGCUGGCAGCUGCCGCCGUCGCGCUGGGGUCCCGCCGGCCUCCCGAGCCCCGGUGCGGCGGCGAGACGUGCUGGCAGACUGUAGGUGAUGGCAGGCCAUGAAGGAGGUGCCCAGGCGUGCCCAGAGCUGCUGCGGCGUUUCCUGUGAGCAGCCGCUGGUGGGCUGUGGGUCGGGAAGUGCCGUUGCUGGGUGAGGUAACGCUUAGUGCUGAACAUCUCUGGUGGCCGCUGUUCCGGAUUCGCGUCGCUUCCUCAGCCAGUUUAAACUAUCGGUACCCGAAACGUCUCAUUUUCAGAUCUUUUUGUUGGAAGUUGAUAAAAUGGUGACAUUAAUUCACACUUUAUCAGAUCACAGUGACGAUGUCAGCUGCUGUGCCUUCUCCUCGCAGCGCUUGGCCACUUGUUCCUUGGACAAAACAGUUCGUGUUUAUUCUUUAAACGACUUCACCGAGCUUCCCUACUCACCUUUAAAAGGCCACACGUACGCUGUGCACUGCUGCUGCUUCUCCCCGUCAGGACACGUGCUGGCAUCGUGCUCGACCGACGGCACGGCGGUGGUGUGGGGCAGCGGGGACGGGCGGGCGCUGGCCGUGCUGCCGCAGCCCAGUCGCAGCCCUGUCAGGGUCUGCCGCUUCUCGCCUGACUCCUCGCGCCUGCUGGCCGGGGCGGCGGAUGGGAGCCUGGUGCUCUGGAACCUGCAGUCAUUCACACUCCACAGAUCUGGGAAUGUUAAAGAUGGUUCUUUGGUGGCCUGUGCAUUUUCUCCUAAUGGAAACUUCUUUGUCACUGGAUCAUCGUGUGGUGACUUAACCAUUUGGGAUGAUAAAAUGAGGUGCCUGUAUAAUGAAAAAGCACAUGAUCUUGGUGUUACCUGCUGUGAUAUUUCUUCACAGCCAAUUUAUGGUGGUGAACGUGGAUUUAGAUACUUCCAGAUGGCUUCUUGUGGUCAAGAUAAUCAGAUCAAACUCUGGCUUAUUUGGUUUGAAAAUUUCUUAGGUGUUGAAUUGAGAUGUAAGUGCACAUUGAGUGGACAUUCUGCUCCAGUUCUGGCGUGUGCAUUUUCUUAUGAUGGGCAGAUGUUAGUGUCAGGGUCUGUAGACAAGUGUGUCAUAAUACAUGAAACUAGUACUGGUAGUAACCUUCAUACUUUGUCCCAGCAUACCAGGUAUGUUACAACUUGUGCUUUUGCACCACAUAGUGCCUUACUUGCCACAGGCGCAAUGGAUAAAACUGUGAACAUAUGGCAGUUUGAUCUGGAGCAGCCCUGUGCAGGAAAUGCAGUUGAAAAUGAAUCCAAGGUGACUGUUGAGGACUGGUCAGAGGAUGAUGUUUCAGCCUGGCUUUGUGCACAAGACCUGGCAGACUUUGUUGAGCUUUUCAAGAUGAAUAACAUUGAUGGAAAGGAGCUACUGAAUCUUACUAAAGACAGUCUGACUAAUGAAUUAAAAAUUGAGUCUCUGGGCCAGCGCAAUAAACUCCUCCAGAAGAUUGAAGAGCUGAGGAAGAAAAUGAUCCCUGUCCCCGUCCCUGAUGAGUUCUUGUGCCCUAUAACAAGGGAGCUGAUGAAGGAUCCCAUCAUUGCAGCAGAUGGUUAUUCCUAUGAGAGAGAAGCGAUGGAAAACUGGCUCAGCAGUAACAGACGGUCUAGUCCCAUGACAAACCUUCCUCUGCCCUCGCUGCUGCUCACCCCCAACAGGACACUGAAGAUGGCCAUCAAUGGGUGGCAGGAGAGGCAGCAGCACCACCCUGAAACCACCUCCUUCUGAAGGUGUCCCUUAAAAUGAAUAGAAAUGAACCUGUAAGUAGCUGAAUGAAUCCUUGCAAACAACAGGAAAGAAAAGACUGUGUCUGUUCUGAGCUGUGGCUGCCAGGGAAAUGGCUGCUGGAAAGAAAAUGUUUACUGGUGGAAGCACCCGGAAAACUGUGAGAAUGGUGCUGUUGAUUGUGUUUUUUGGUGCUUCUGUUGGAGAAAUAACAGUUCUCUCACCAUUUUUACCACAUUUAUGAGUGGCAAGUCUUGAUUUUGCCAAGUCAGUUUUCCAGUCUCUUCCUCUGUUCCCUGUGACUGGACACUCAGCUGGAGAAGCUGGGAGAGCAUCUCUCCUGCACCCACCAGUGACUGCGCCUCGUCCUACAGGUAUAUUAAUAAUCUUUAUUUUGUAUGGAAAAAAUACAGUAGCUGUGCAAAAAUAGAACUACAGGGCAAGGCUAAUAGAGGACUUGUACAAAAUACCAAAGAAACAGUAAACAAUAAAUAAGCUAAAGCAUAAUGAUGCAAACUGAGAAGGAACUUGUAAGAACAGGUAUGUGUGUGGAAGGUGCAGGAGCCGCGGGGCAGAACAGCACCGCACCUCCCUGUUCCCAACGGCCCUGCCUAUAAAAAGCUUCACAACUUCAUCCUGCCAGGCAACUGCACAGACACUUCUCUCCUGCUUCCCUCCUCCCUCCAUCCAUUCCCAUACCCCCACUCAGCCUCCCCUUGCUUAACCCAUAACUCACUCUGCUUUAAGGUAGCACCCAGAGGUGAUCAGAUAAACUCUAUAAAGUGCGAUUACUGUUAAUAUGCCAUAAGAGUGUGUUCUUCAGUGCAAUAACCAAUAUGGUCAAAGCCUUUCAAUACACAUGCAAAUGUUA